AGUGUGGCUCUGUGACUGUGUGGCUCUGUGAGGCUCUGCUCUGAAGUUCUGUGGCUCAGUGUGGCUCUGCGUGGCUCUGUGUGGCUCUGUGUGGCUCUGCGUGGCUCAGCUCUGAGGCUCUGUGGCUCUGUGGUUCUGCGUGGCUCUGCGUGGCUCAGUGUGGCUCAGUGUGGCUCAGUGUGGCUCUGCGUGGCUCUGCGUGGCUCUGCGUGCGUCACUGCGUCACUGCCCGGCCCCAGGCUCAGCGCAGUUUAUCAUCGGACAGAGAGACAGAGACAGAGGGACAUAGGGACAAGAAAGAGGAGAGACAAACAGUCCUCUCUCACUAUGGCAGAACAAAACAGCAGCGUGCGAUAUCACGAGCUGGUGAAUGAAGAGGAGCUGUCCCAGCAGACAUCCUCCCAGGACUCACCUCCGCCCUACAGUAGCGUGACUGCAGCUAAUGCAGCUUUUUUUGAGUACAAGGAAGAUGUGGAGAGUUUUCCUAAGCCUCCUUCCUACAGUGUUGCCACUUCUUUACCCUCCUAUGAUGAAGCCGAGAGAAGCAAAACUGAAGCCACUGUCCCUCUGGUCACAGGACGAGUCACAGGCAGAAUCCCAGAACAAGACCUGGUCACCCGAGACGACUUUGAAGAUGCAGAUCAACUUCGAAUAGGAAAUGAUGGAAUAUUUAUGCUCACUUUCUUCAUGGCAUUUCUCUUCAAUUGGAUCGGCUUCUUCUUGUCUUUCUGUUUGACCACGUCGGCCGCUGGCCGAUAUGGAGCCAUCUCCGGCUUUGGUUUGUCUCUCAUCAAAUGGGUUCUUAUUGUUCGGUUUUCCACCUACUUCCCCGGUUACUUUGACGGGCAGUACUGGUUGUGGUGGGUCUUUCUGGCCCUGGGCUUCAUGCUGUUCAUCAGAGGUUUUAUCAACUACUCCAGAGUGCGUAAACUGGCAGACCCCACAUACGCCUCUCUUCCCCGAACAAGAGUCCUCUUCAUUUAUUAGAGCUUUGACGAGCAAAAGAAGUGAAUAAGCUCCAGAGCAACAAAAGUAAAGUGGAGAUGGCACAUUGUAGGUGAAUAAUUCUCUUAACACAAUAUUCAGGAAUUCUGUAUUUUAUUUGUUUACUUAAUGGAAAGUAGUGGUAUGUAACUGUUCCUAUGUGUAAUCAUUAGUGGCGAAUGUUAAGUGCUAAUUAGGUCUUUGUAAUGUCUGAGUAAUGCCUUAAAUCUCUUGAUGGUAGCGUACAAGCAUGCAUCUGUCCUUAAGAACAGGUUUACUCCAUAGACUGUAUAUAUCUCUAUACAGUCUGUGGUUUAUGCAGAAUACUGAGGUCCACCAGUUUUACUACCACACGGUUUAUUGUGAAAGAAACACCAUAUCUUCUGCAAACUACUGUAAAUGAAAACUCACUGUUGGCUUUAAGUGGUGUUGCCCGUUUUGCAGCCAGUAGAGGGCAGUGUUGUCUGUCGUUAAAAAGGAGGUUCAGAGCCGUAAAGAAAACAUACAUUAUGCUUGUCAUUUUAAACUGUUUUAUCAAAUGCAGUGCACCAGGGAAUAUGUGUUAGAUGUCUGGGUAAAACUAUCCAAUCAGAUGAUUUGACUUAAAGGUUGUAAAGGUGUUUGAAUCUUCAGACACAAAAGCAGACGGGCAUAAACGCCUUCACAGCCCUGAGCGUUUGACCAAAAGUGUAAUGGUCCUUUCUAUUCCCUGGUUUCACACAGACACUGAUCACGUUUGUUGUAGAGGAUAAUAUUACACUGAGCACAAAGCUUCAGGUGGAUAUUUUUACCGAAUUCGUUCAGUUUUUAAAAGAAGUGAAAUGUGUUUUAAGGCUACAGUUAAGAUUAUGAUAUAUAAAUAUAUAUAAAAGCAUAUUAAGAAUGUUAAUGCAAAUGCACUUUUAGAGACACUUUUCAGACGGAGGGUCGUCAUGAGGCUCACCACAGGCAUGUCACUGUAGUAAUCAUUCAUGUGAAGAUGUGGGUUUGGACGUGUAUGCUUUAAUCUUACGGCAUUUUCAUGGUAAACCUUUGACAAAAAGCUUAUUUCUAUGAUGAGCUGCAUCCAUCGGGUUUUGCUGUUAUGAAACUGUACAGAAACAAGUGUUAAAUAAAUGUCACAUUUCAA